CAAAAGAAAUAAAAGAAAUCAUUUAUUAAAAAGUUGAUAUAAAAAAGGAGACAGUCGGCAAAAAUUUCACCUAAUAGUGUCAUAUUAUAUAUCUUUAAUCUUAAAUCUGUUUUUGAACAAACAAAUUUCCCAAAAAAGAAAAAAAAACAAAAAAAAAAACAAAAAGAUCAGCUAAGACGGGUCCAAAUGAUUAUAAUAUGCAAAAAUAGCUAAAUAUGGCUACAAAUUAGGCGGUGUUUUAGCAACAUGGCUGGUUAAUGGCUAUGGAACCCAAGAAUCUGUCACAUUUCUCCAUUUUUCCUCUUUUCUUCUUCUUCUUCUUCUUCUUCCACCAUUGUGGUUUCUGCCAUCUCAGUAGUUGAGUCAAGAACAUGUGAUUUAUCUUCUUCUAUGCCAUAAAAUAAGGCUGAUGAAGAUGAAAGUAAUUGGCACGGAAAGAGGCUAGAUGAGGAGCCAGCAUGGUCACAUAAUUCUCCUCACGUAAUUUCACAGUUAGCUCAGUGCUUUACUAAUGCUAUGGUUGGACCACGAGCAUGGAUAGGAGGAAUCUUCAACCGCUCGGGCAAUAAACGGUUUGGAAGCGAUAAAUAUCUUGACUACCCUUUAACUCCUCAUCAGGAAGAAAGAUUACGCAGGCUUCAAGAACGGCUAGGAGUACCUUUUGAUGAAACACGCCUAGAUCAUCAAGAAGCUCUUCAAGCUUUAUGGAACGCGGCAUUUCCAAAUGUUAAGCUGAAAAGUUUGAUCUCCGAGCAAUGGAAAGAUAUGGGCUGGCAAGGAGCAAAUCCAUCAACUGACUUCAGGGGUUGUGGAUUUAUUUCACUCGAGAAUUUGCUGUUUUUUGCAACAAGAUAUCCGGCUUGUUUUCAUAGGUUGCUUUUCAAACGAAGUGGAUCGAGGGCAACGUGGGAGUAUCCAUUUGCAGUUGCUGGGAUUAAUGUUUCAUUCAUGUUGAUUCAGAUGCUGGACUUAUACUCAGAAAAGCCGAAGUGUCUACCGGGAAUUAAUUUCGUUAAGUUAUUAGGAGAGGAUGACGAGGCAUUUGAUGUUCUAUACUGUAUAGCGUUCGCGAUGAUGGAUGCGCAGUGGCUGGCUAUGUGUGCUUCAUAUAUGGAGUUUAAGGAUGUUUUGCAAGCGACAAGGACGCAAUUAGAGAGGGAAUUAUCAUUAGAAGAUAUACAAAGAAUAGAAGAUCUGCCAGCAUACAACCUGAUAUAGCACAUACACUUCUUAUUCCCCUCGGUAAUACCUGAUAGCUCACUCAUUCUGCAGUUUGGUUAAUUAAAGACAGACAAAAAAAGGGCAGCCCGGUGCACUAAACUCCCGCUAUGUGCGGGGUCCAGGGAAGGGCCGGAUCACAAGGGUCUAUUGUACACAGCCUUACCCUGCAUUUCUGCAAGAGAUUGUUUCCACGAGAGAGAGAGAAUGCGAUGAAAUGAUUGAGAUACAUCCAAUAGCUAAACCUGAAAUUUUCUAUACAAAAGGAUGGUAGUUUACACAACUCAAACAUUACUGAAUAGGUUUCGGAUGUUUUCUAUGAUCUUUUUAGUCCGGUUAGUAGAAAAUAUAGAGAACUUCUAGAGUGUUUUACUGAAUUUUUUUUUUGUUAAUUUUGUAUGAUAUCGUGAUUGAGAAGAGCUUAAUGGACAUGAAAGAUUCAUAUUUCC